AUGACAGGUCGAAAGGAAAAUAUGCGAGAUUAUCGAAGUUUGGAAAAUGUUGGAGUCGUAAAAUUUGUAAAUAAUCAGAAAUGCAAGGUUAAAGGAUAUGGGAAAGUCACAAAUGGAAAGUUCAUAGUCAAUCGAGUGGCAUAUGUUGAAGGUCUUAAACACAACUUGGUAAGUGUUACACAACUGUUUGUGGACAUUAUUAAUCAAGUGGUCUUCGAUGAGGAAGCAUGUGAGCAGGGAAAUCAACAUCGUCAAGGUCAUCCAAUUGUCAUCGAUUCGAAGAUCAUUGAACCUUUGGAACUUCUUCACAUUGACCUUUGUAGACCUUCAACUAUUGAAACUCUCAACAAGAAGUACAUAUUGAAGUCAGAAACAGCUCAAGUAAUGAUCGAUUUCAUCAAACACGUUGAACUCAGUUUGCACAAGAAUGUUAGAAAAAUCAAAAGUGAUAAUGGUUCUGAAUUCAAGAAUCAAGUUUUUGACUCUUUUCUGGCUGAUCGUGGGAUUACACAUAAUUCAUCUCCUUACAUACCACAACAAAAUGGCGUUAUCGAAAGGUGUUUCAUAAUGAAUCUCAAAGAUAAUCUUUCGAAAUUUCAAUCCAAAGCUGAUGAGGGGAUAUUUUUAGGAUAUUCGAUCAACUCACAUAUCGAAAAGACUUUUCCACAAAAGCCAAUCAUCACUGAAACGAAUGAUGAGUCACAAAUUAUGAAUUAUUUGGAUUUUGAUUAUGACUUAAUCUUUGGUGUUCCUGACAGGGCAAUAGAUGCAGAAAUUAAUGCUAAUGAUAAUCAGAUUCCUGAAGCAUCGAAGCAUUCUGAUGAUUCGACAAUAACUGAGGUCAAUGUCGAUUUACAUUCUACAACAAACUCUCUUAUACAUGUUGAAAGUCAAAUAACGUUGCAAGGUGAAGGUUCAGAAACGGAUGAAAUGUUCGAAGAUGCACCUUUGGAUUUCGAUCCUGCAUAUCCACCAAUGGAAAUAUGGACACAAAAUCAUCCAAGAGAACAAGUUCUUAGUGAUCCUCAAGUUGGAGUGUUGACAAGAGCUCAACUUCGUGCUAAAAAUGAGGUAUUAAAUGUGUAUAAUUUUUUUUGCAUGUUUAAUGUUUUCAUUUCGAAAAUUGAACCAAAGUCAGUAAAGGUUGCUUUGGAAGAUCCCGAUUGGAUUGUUUCCAUGCAAUCUGAACUUGCUAAAUUCGAAAGAAACAAAGUUUGGAGACUCGGUCCAAAAUCUGAUGAUGUCUCAGUUAUAGGCUUAAAAUGA